ACAAUACAUAUAAGAUUGAAAACAGCCAGGGACUUAGGAACCAGCAGUUGCAACACUGGCAACAGAACUGAAAAGAAAGCACUUAAUCUUCUACAAACAAAGAAAGCAAAAAUGCUGCUAAAAUUCCAGGAUAUUUUCAAAGUUUUAAUAUUUGCAGAGUGGAGCAAUAACAAUAAUAAGAGUGAGUCUUUUGCCUGCUUCUGUAAUAGUGAAACCAACUGCAUGCUGUCCAAGCUAUAGCUAAGUGAUUUACAGCACUGUGUUUCUAGAAAGAUAGAAAACAGAGACCAACUCAACCCAAAUAUCAGCCAAACCAUAGACUGGCAAUGACACUUGCUUAGAAGGAGACUUAUGCAGAUAAAGUACUACAUGUGACAGAAAGAACUGGGAACCAAUGAGAAUUUGACAUGAAACAAGAGCAUCCCAGGAAGAUUUGAGGCAGCCCCUGCUAGCAAGCACCAACCACAGUGGAGCCUAAACUGGGAUAUAGGUUCCUAAGCUCGAGACUUAGGUGACUAAGUAUCAUUGUGGAUCUGGACAUAAAUGACCAAAAUAAUUAUGAGAAAUGCAGAGAGCCCAAUACAACUCCCAGUUCAGUCAAUGGGACCUGCAUCAGGUCCCAAGUGCCUGUGAACCUUAUAACAUGCAGAAAGGUUCAACACUCGUCUAUAGCUGAAAUAUUUAUGUCAAAGGGACCACCUUAACAAAGAAGUGGCAAUUCCAGAGUGUAUAUAUGCUGAAUUUCUUCUUACCUUAUUCUUAGCUUGAGACUUCCACUGACAAUUAAAGACUGGUUACACACUAACCACCAUCCCCAGUAACCCAACUGCUGAAACUAGCCAAAAUUGUGAUUAAAAAAAAUUCAAAAUAUAUAUUUUUGUCCCUAGAAGACAAAUAUAACUGUAUUUUUCAAAAACUUUUCCCAAAAAUGCACCCAGCUUUUCAUACAAAAACAGGUUAUCUUGAAUACUGCGUGCAGAUGUUGUUGCCCUAUCUCAAAAAAAGAUAUAUUAGAAUUGAAAAAGAUUCAGAAAAGGGUAACAAAAAUUAUAAGGAACAGCUUCCAUAUGAGGACAGAUUAAUAAGACUGGGACUUUUCAGCUUGCAAAAGAGAUGACUAAGAGGGGAUAUGUUAGAGGUCUAUAAAAUUAUGACUAGGGUGGAAAGAGUAAAUAAGAACGUGUUAUUUACUCCUUCUCAUAAUACAAGAACUAGGGGUCACCAAAUGAAAUUAAUAGGCAGCAGGUUCAAAACAAAGAAAAGGAAGUAUUUCUUUACACAACGCACAGUCAACUUAUGGAACUCUUUGUCAGAGAAUGUUGUGAAGGCCAAAACUAUAACAGGCUUUAAAAAAGAACUAGAUGCAUUUAUGGAGGAUAGGUCCAUCAAUGGCUACUAGCAAGGAUGGGCAGGGAUGACGUCCCUCACCUCUGUUUGCCAGAUGCCAGGAAUGGGAGACAAGGAAUGGAUCACUUGAUAAUUACCAGUUCUGUUCAUUCCCUCUGAAGGACCUGGCACAGGCCACUGUCAGAAGACAGGAUACUCAGGGUAGGGCUACACUUGAAAUUUCAAAGCGCUGCAGCGGCAGCGCUUUGAAGGGUGAGUGUGGUUGGAGCGCCAGUGCUGGGAGAGAGCUCUCCCAGCGCUGCACAUAAACCACAUGCUCUGCGGGUGUAGCUUGCAGCGCUGCGGCACUGAUUACACUGAGGCUUUACAGUGCUGUAUCUUGCAGCGCUCGGGGGCUGUUUUUUCACACCCCUGAGCGCGAAAGUUGCAGCGCUGUAAAGUGCCAGUAUAGCCAAGGCCUGAGCUAGAUGGACCUUUGGUCUGACCCAUUAUGGCCAUCCUUAUAUUCUUAUGUUGCCUGAUAAGAUGAAAUUUCAUUUUUCAGCUUUAACUUAGAAAGUUUUAUUAUAUUAAAGCUUUAUUCUAUAUUCUUUAUUUUCUCUUUCCUGUUAUCAGUGAUUAACUGUAUGAUUUGAAAGUAUAGAUAUCUUCUAUUUAUCUUUCCAGACCUUCAUCCUGUAUUUAUUUUUCCACACUUUGAAACCUAUAUGGAACUAUAGUGAAACACUUUAAAAAAUACUAUGAUUGCUCAAUUUGUAAAGGGUGAGGGAUAGCCUGUUGUCUACCUUCCAUAAUCAAGCCUGUUAACUGCUUUCUUAAAAGGAAGCACAUACUGCUGUUUCUGCAAAUGACAGUGUUCAAGAAAUGUUAAUUACAGGGAUUGUAAGGGAGAAGAUGCUAGUUAAGUAGGGAAUCUUUUUGGUAUUUCUGGCUAAUUUUUUCAAACUAAUAUAUUCACUGCUGCCAGAACUUUGACUUGUUGAAUGACUGGUGACACUUUCCCCUUUGAACGCCCUAUUUACUUUUUCAACACGAAUAGGUAGUAGUGGCAGAUCUUUAUGGACCCACACGUAUGCAUGAUACUGUAGCUUUAAUAAGGGAGUCCUACUGUAAGGACUCUUUCCAAACUGGCUUCCUGGCUUUUUAAGUGACGGAACCGUGGUGUAAUUUGAGAGCAGAAAGAUCCUAGGGAUAGCAUUAGCCAAAAGCAAAGCUCCACAUUACCAGUCCAGAUGUGAAAGAAAUAGUAGCAAAGGUCUCCGGAGCCCCAGACUGAGCUAUCUGAUCUCAGCCUUCCUCUGCACCCCCUCGGCUUUGCUACAUUUCAUCGGCAAGAGAAAGGAGGGGGAAGGGGGGAAAAAAGAAGAAAGUCACAAAGUUUUGCUUGAGCCCUGGAAAAGGGGCGGCGGGGGGGGGGAAUCCCCGACGUGACUCAGGGCAGUAGGAGAUCUUCCAGGGGAUCUCCUCUGGCUGGGGAGCCUUGGAUGCAGCUUGGAGCAAGGCAGUGCCUUUAAUGAAGCAUGCUGUGAGGAGUGGCUGGAGGCAGCGGACUGCCUCGGCUGCUGCCGCUCCCUGAGCUGCCCUGCUCCGGGGGGUAGCCGGGCAGGGUCGUGAGCGCGUGUUUGUUCUCUCCGACCAGCCGAUCCCUCUGCGCCCCUUCCGAGCCCCUCUGGCUCACUCCCGCCCCCGGGAUGCUGGGGCUGCGCUUGCUGUGGCUCAGCUGCCUGGGCAGCCUGUGCCGAGGCUAUUUCGACGGUCCCCUGCACCCAGAGAUGUCCAACGGGACCCUGCACCACUACUUCGUGCCGGACGGCGACUACGAGGAGAACGACGACCCGGAGAAGUGCCAGCUGCUCUUCAGGGUGAGCGAGCACCGGCGCUGCAGCCUGGGCGGGGAGCAGGGGCCGGCGGGCGGUGGGCCCAGCCUCACCCUGCGGGAGGAGUUCACCAUCCUGGGCCGGCAGGUGGAGGACGCGGGCCGGGUGCUGGAGGGCAUCACCAGGAGCAUCUCGUACGACCUGGACGGGGAGGAGAGCUACGGCAAGUACCUGCGCAGGGAAUCCCAGCAGAUCGGCGACGCCUACUCCAACUCCGACAAGUCCCUGGCCGAGCUGGAGAGCAAGUUCCGGCAGGGCCAGGAGCACGAGAGCAAGGAGGAGAGCCGCCUCAAUGAUGACUUCCAGGCCAUGCUCGUGCACACCCGGGCCCUGCUCACGGAGACCCUGGGCAUCUCCGCGGGGCUCCGGGAUAAGUACGAGCUGCUCUCCUUAACCGUCAGGAGCCACGACGCCAGGCUAAACAGGCUCAGGAACGAGUAUCUCAAAGGGUGAUGCCCCUGGGGCAGCAGAGACCUGGACUUUGGGUUAGGAAACAGCUUCUUGUGGUGGCUACUAGGAGCAGUAAGCACAGGAGUCCCAGCUGGGGGCUUCUCCUUGGAAGGGAAGUGGCAUUGACAAAACCAAGCCAAGCCUAGAGUCACCUCGGUGCCCAUCAUGGUGAGGGGGACUCCUUUUCACCAUGCUCUUUGCAUUCAACCGUUUACACCUCUCCCUGCCACAAAUUAUAGGACCCAGGUACAAGGCAGUGGAGAAUCUGGCAGGUUGCUGAGCAUUUGCUGGCAGGACUUGUCCCAGUGAAGUCUUGCAGGUAACUACUCAACACCAACAAGAAGGUUGCAGUCUGGCCCUGGAUGGUGCCCAACAUUCCGAUCAGCACAAAAUGGGGGAUUUCCCCCUCACCCCCAUAAAAUCUUGUUUAGAUUAAUAUAGAAAAAAAUUAAAAGUAAAUAGUUAAUGGGGAGAUUUAGCACAUUGCUGUGACAGUGUUAUAAAAAGGUAGAUAUCUUAUCUCUACUUGCCUUGCACUUCUGUCCUCACUCUACACCUAUGCAAAGUAAGUAUAAAAUGCUGCCACAGAGUCUGCCGCCUUUACUGAUGGUGAGUAGCAGCACCUUGUUCCAGAAGAAGCUCUGUUGAUUUCAAAAUAAUAAGCUUACUAACAGAGUAAAGUGCUACUCAAUAGAAGGAAAGGUGCUGUAACCUGCCCUUUGCUAGCAUUUUACAAGGACUUUGCAUUGGCACAAGGUACCAACAGCAGAGGAUUAGGCCUUGUUUUUUCAAAGUAGGUCCAAAUUGCAGUUUAAUAACACGUGGAGUGUGUUCUGAAGUUCUGUAGAUUGUAUUAUGUACCUCCCAUUAACACACAACUUUCUUUCUGGGACUGUAUUUAUAAGAUUUGAUUUCUGGUUUAUUUUUUUUAAAAGUUAUGUAAAUUGUAAACAAAUAGCACAUGUAUAGGAAGCUGAAGUUUUAGAGGUAUGUUUAAAUUAAGUGUCCCAAUAUUUAAAAAAAAUAAUCUGUGUUAUAUAUUGUGCAUCUCUGAUCACAAUAAAGUAGCGUUGUCAUUUUAGAUUUUCUACCAUUAGUUAAUGUCAUCUUUUCCAGCUAGAUUCUUGCUUCAACUACCAUAAACAUGGACAAAACAAGGUACUUUUCUGGAACCAUAUUCAAAUGAAUAUGUACUGGACUAUGGAUCUCGAAUCGGUUUUGUUUUUUGUUUUGAUAUUUUUUUUUACUCAUUCAAAUAUAGGCCCUUUGGCCUCCUAAUAAAUCCUUAGCUUUCUUGGUUUGUUAAAAGCACAUAUAUUCUGCUUAUGUAAAAUAUUGUUCUGCUAAAUAAUUUAAAGCUGUGAUUUUCAUUUGUGUUUUGAUAGAAGAAAACCAUUCUGGCAGAGCUUGUGCUCUUUAAGCCUUGCUUAUAUGUGACUCUAAGUUAUCAAAUCCCAAGAGCCAGCUGAAAAGGCAUUUGAGAUUCAGACCCAACAAAAACUUACGCACGUGAGUAACUUUAAAUAAGAAAUGGAAAGCAGAAAUAAACACUACUCCCAGUAGUGUUUGUAGUAUCAGACCCUAGACUUUUAGAGUCUUAUUUUUCUAAACCCGAUAAAAGGUUUUGUCUGUUCCAAGACAGGGAUUUUUAUUUGUGGUUACCUCUGUACUUUUGCUAGCUAAUCUGUUAUUAAAAAUUAUUUGUGCUCCUAGACAAUAGCAAAAGUGCAUAGCAGGUCUUUGCAUUAUGGUUUAAUCUUUACUACCAUCAAUGUUUAAUCAAUUGGGUGGAAUAUUAGCUACUGCAUUACUGGUACUGCCGGCAGGAUCACUGUUUGGGUGAAAAUAAUUGUUCAUGUGUUGUUUUAAUAAAUAUUUGAACCCAAAAUUGAAGCACACAUUUUCUUUUAUGGUUCUAUAUGAGUCUGUACCUGAUUUUAAUCACAAGGUUGUCAAACAUAUCUUUUCAGCAAAACUGCUGGAAUAUAAAGUACCUGCCUAGUGAGAACUUGCUUUUUACUAAAAAAUAUAAAAUUCUUCAGCACACAACUGCUUAAUGCAAGUGAUGCUAAAAAGAAAAAUCUACAUAUAGAACUUGCAACUUUAUGGAGUUGCAACAAAAGUUGUUUUGUAAACAUGUAGGGACAAAUUCCGCCAACCAUACUCAUAUUUAGCAGUACCUUACUCUAUAACUAGUGUCAUUUGGUAAAUUUUUCAGAAGUGCUCAGUCAGGGACAGAUUUUCAAAGGUAUUUAGACACCUAAAAAUGCAGAUAGGUGCCUAAUGGGAUUUUCAAAAGCACCUAGGUACCUAAUUCUCAUUAGAUCAAUGAGAGGUAGACAUCUAGGCACUUUUAAAAAUCCUAUUAAGUGCCUAUCUGUAUCUUUAGGUUCCUAAAUACCUUUGGAAAUCUGGCAUGAAGGUCUCUUUGGAAAUGCUGCUCAUUGGUUUCAAUAGGACUGUUCACAGAGUAAGAUAUUACUUAAUGUGAGAAAAGGUGGUAGAAGCUGUCCCUAGGGGCAAUAUACUUACUACUAGUGGUGUUUUGCUCUCGAGUCCACACUACUCCUUCUCACCAAUAUUUUUGACUAGGCUAGUGACCAUACCUCAAAGAACUUGGGGAAUUAAUUCAUCCUUCACUGUCUUGCCUAUCUUUCUUUAUUUCAUCUGUUUAGAAUUUUGUGCUAAAUACAUCUGUACUAUAACUUCAUUUGUACUAAGAUUAUUUAAGAAUAACUUUGUAGCUCCACUGAUGCCAAUAGAGUCACCCCAGAGAUGAAUUUAGCCUUUUGCUUUUAAAUUCAAUGUAAAGGCUCACUCCAUGGCCUCUCCCCUCUCAGCUUUUUCGAAAACAGUAUUAAAGCUUGAGUUUUAGAGUCUCAAUUUAAUAAGUCAAAAUAUAAUUUGUAAACCUUAUUAAGGGAAGUGAGGUGGCAAACGUGGCUUGAAUCCACACUACGGAUUAUUAAAACCAUUUUAUACCUCUCUUCAGACCCUACAAGAAAGGCAGUCUCAGACACAGUUCUCUUGAACAUAGCUUACGUUAAAUUGGUUUAGCUGUACUAUGGAGAGGAUUUGUUAUAGCACAAUGUUAUUUGGUCCUUCCAAGCAAUCCAGCAACACGCAGCACAAUGUCGAGAAGGUAAAGGCUUGCAGAGUAGCUACUUCCAAAGCAGGAAUUAUACAGGAAUGUUUGGUAUAACUGCACAUUCAGAUCAAUGUCCCUGUGUAUGUAAAUACACCUAAAGUUAUUUGAAAUUCAUGCUAGUGUGAUCAAGUUUCUGUGACAAAUCUCUCCAUUGGAUAUUUAUAUCUCAGCAAAAAUGUUUUUAAAUAUACUCCAGAUUGAAUGGCAAAUUGGGCCUUAGCACAAUGUUAAGUCAUUAACACAAUGUUGCUUAUCUAAAGUUUGAAAAAAUUCUAGUCUGCCAUUUUUAAGAUGAAUACCAAAUAAAAUGGGGGGUUGAUUCUGCCAACAUUAAGGUCUGGAUUAUAAAAAGUUCACCUGUUUAUCUAAA